UUUAUGGGACAACCCAAUACUCAUUCAUUUCAUUGGAAAAAAUGAUUUUGGUGGAAAGUGCGUGAAAAUUGUUAAAAUUCCUCCGUAAAUGGAAAAUGAUCCACCUCAGAGGUCAGCAGAGGGACGUGCUUCGAGUGUCUUUCUAGACGUGGAUGCGGUGAAUGACUCGGAGGACAAGCGCUUCUUCUGGCCCGGCAAGUUUCCGGGAUUCCGGACUCCCGAUAGUGGGGCCAUAACGGCUAAAGAACUCAAUGCAAUGUCCGUGGCCAGCCUCUAUGACCGAGAGGAUGAGGACACCAAGGAGAUGGAGACGGAGAAUGACGCAACACCGGAGAAAGUCAGCAUGACCAAAGAGACCACAAUGGACUGUGAUUGCCCCCGGAAUCCCUUUGAUAACCGCAAAGGCGCCAGCGAGAGCCUCUUCUUUGCCGAUGGGAAGCGUUCGGUGGACUUUGUGCUGGUGUGGAAGCGUACAGAUCCCGAAGUUGCCACCGUGGAGGAGCAUCGGCUGAAGAAACGAACAAUCUUCGAGGAGAAUCUCAUAAGUGACGGCCUAGAACUUGAACUGGAAUCUGUGGAGGAUGAGCUGUUCUUUACUAAAAUCCACGCUCCCGUUGAAGUCCUCAGGCGCUACAGUGAGAUCCUCAAGUUGCGGAUGCCAAUGAGAGAAUCCUUGUGUAAAGUUCAGAAUAAGCCACUGAAAAGAUCUAUCUCAAAGAAUGCUGCUCAAUAUCUUUCGAGCAAGAUUCCUGGAUUGACUGACAUGAUUACAAAGACACAACCGACGUUCCUGAGUCAGUUGAGUGGCAUUUGGGGGUCAUUAGUGAAGAGCUUCCUCGUUGACGAGAAACACUUCCCGCCAAUUUCUCAUCGUUUCACUGCCGUCUACAGCCGUGAUAAGGAGUACUUAUUUGACCUACAGCAGCCGUGUUUUUUCUCCGCUGCUGUUCGAUCGCGGAUUGUGCAAUUUAUUUUAGAUAGAAAACGCUUCACAACUGAAGAGGCGGAUGAUUAUGCUUUUGGCAUAGAUCGCCUAAUCUCCGAUGAGGUCUACAUUGCAGCUUAUCCGUUGCACGAUGGUGAAGUUCACAUCACUGGGAGUAUGAGGCAUCUCCUGUACACGGAAUGGGCAGCUGUAUCGAAAUGGUAUCGCUACCAGCCACUCGAUUACAUCAAGGAGUAUUUUGGCGUCAAAAUUGGCCUCUAUUUUGCAUGGUUGGGUUUCUAUACGUACAUGUUGCUCCUGGCAUCAAUUGUGGGUGUUGCAUGCUUUAUCUACUCCUGGCGGACGAUGGACAAUUACCAGGUGAGUCGUGAUAUCUGCAAUGGCAGCAUGGAGGUAAAAAUGUGUCCACUUUGUGACCAUUGGUGUGACUAUUGGGACUUGAAGGAGACCUGUCUCCAUGCUAGGACAACAUAUCUCUUUGACAAUCCCACCACGGUGUUCUUUGCCAUUUUUAUGUCCUUCUGGGCAACACUUUUCCUCGAGCUGUGGAAGAGGUAUUCAGCUGAAAUUACGCACAGAUGGGAUCUCACGGGAUUCGAUAUUCACGAAGAGCAUCCGCGGCCACAGUAUCUGGCCCGCCUGGCGCACGUACAGCGUAGAACGGUGAAUGUGGUGACGAAUCAAAUGGAACCACAAGUGCCAUUUUGGCGUGUUAAACUCCCCGCGACGAUUCUCAGCUUCUCAAUUGUGAUGCUCCUCGUGGCAUUGGCUGUAGCGGCUGUUCUUGCUGUUGUCCUGUACAGGAUGUCCGUUCUAGCGGCACUCAGUGUCUACGGGGAUAGUGUUACGACGUCUGGAGCUAUAAUUUUCACCACUGCCACAGCAGCAAGUAUCAAUCUCUGCCUGAUUAUCCUUUUCAAUUGGAUGUAUACCUUUGUUGCGGAAUAUCUCACGGAAUUGGAAUUGCUUCGCACUCAGACGGAAUUCGAUGAUUCCCUCACGCUCAAGAUCUACCUCCUACAGUUUGUCAACUACUACGCUUCCAUUUUCUACAUUGCCUUCUUCAAGGGGAAGUUUAUCGGCUAUCCGGGGGACUACAAUCGCUUCUUCAAUUUCCGGCAGGAGGAAUGUGGAUUUGGGGGAUGCCUCAUGGAGCUCUGCAUCCAAUUGGCCAUCAUAAUGGUGGGGAAGCAGACACUAAAUAGCAUCCUGGAGAUGCUUCUGCCACAAUUCUAUCGAUGGCUCAAUGUGAUUAAAGUCGCAGGAUCACGGCUGAAGAACAAUUGGUCCCUCAAAGGUGGGGCAAAGCGUUGGUUGAGGGAUUUGAAGCUCGUUGAAUGGGGUACAAGGAGUUUGUUUCCGGAAUACCUCGAAAUGGUCCUGCAGUAUGGAUUUGUGACAAUUUUCGUUGCUGCCUUCCCCCUUGCUCCCUUUUUUGCACUCAUCAACAAUGUCCUGGAGAUGCGUCUGGAUGCAAAAAAGCUCCUCACAUACCAUCGACGCCCAGUGUCACAGAGAGUACGAGAUAUUGGGAUUUGGUAUAGAAUACUCGACUCAAUUGGGAAAUUGAGUGUCAUCACGAAUGGCUUCAUUAUUGCAUUUACAUCGGAUUUUAUUCCGAGACUCGUGUAUCAGGUGGCUGUGUCACCAGAUGGAUCCCUCCAGGGCUACAUGAAUUAUUCUCUCGCAUAUUUUGACACACGGCACCUACAGCCGGGUAGUGAGCCUCAAAUGACUGAAUAUAAUGGGACGAUUUGUCGGUAUCCCGACUACAGAGAGCCCCCAUGGUCGGAGAAGGCCUACGAGAAGACAUCAAUGUAUUGGCACAUCCUCGCAGCUCGACUUGCCUUUGUGGUUGUCUUUGAGAAUAUUGUAGCUCUCGUAAUGAUUGUCGUGCGAUGGUGCAUCCCGGAUAUGUCGCCCGAGCUGAGAGAUCAAAUCCGUCGUGAAGCCUACAUAACGAAUGAGAUUAUCAUCAAACAAGAAACAAUUAGGGCUCGAAAUGAAAAAUGCUGUGACGUUGCAACGGCCAGGGCGACAUUUAGAGAUUCAAAUCCUUCGGCUAAUUUCAUUAAAAUGGAACAAAUUGAGCAACUUAUGAGCUCCAAUUUGUCCGGAGCCCAACUAGACUUGGUGAUUCAUGGCCCAGACAAUCCCGCAGCUCCGGGAUAUGUGAGAUCUUCACAGCAGAGGGAUAGCUUAGAACCUGUCUCUUUGUAAAACUUGUACAACCCCAAAGACAAGAAGGGAGUUAUUGCUAUUUUUUUCUUAGAUAUUUUUCAUAAUUAUUUUCUUAGGGGCCUCUCUGCAAUUUUUUUUACUCAUAUUUUUUGUGAUUUUGCGUUGUGAAAAAUGCUUCAUCCUCAAGAGACUGAAGUGCAAAAAAAGUCGAAUAAUAGUUUAACUUGUUUAUUGUUUUUCUUGUUUGUGAUUCGGCACAAAGAAAAUUCUUGUUUAAAAAUUAAAAAAAAAUAUCACGUCUUACCAACCACCUAUCAAAGACAGAAGAAACUUCAUUGAAUCAAGUGUAGUUGAAAGAAGUUUUUCAAAACAACUAAUAGUAGAGAAAAAAUAUUAUUUUUUAGAUAUUUUUAAAGAAUAAAAUAAAUAUUUACGUGUGUAGGUAUACCAAAGACUUUAGCAAAACGUGAACAAAUAUAACGAACCUUUUAAUCACAAUUUAUCUCAUGAAAUAAGGAAAAAAGAAGGAUAAAAAGGUCCUAUAAAUUCAACUCUCUUUCUGUGUUAAUCGAAUAAUUAAUGACUCUUGAUAAUUAUUAUGAAGAAAAUUUACAAAACUCCCAAAUAAUGUGAUAAAAGGAUUUACUUUGUGCCGAGCAACACCUAAAAGCGUACACAGAGAACUUUUAAAGCCUUUAAUGUUGUACAUUUUUUGUAGCUUUAAAAAUACAUUGGCCCGUAAGGUCAAUAUUUAUUUUAUCUUCAAAGUUUUAUUAACCUCUGGCUUUUAAAAUUCUCUGUGUGAAUUUUUGUGAAAAUAUUUAAUCCAUGAUUAGAAGAAAGACAAGAGAAUAUAAAAAAAAAUGUUGUGUGCCUAAUGAGAAUCUCAAAUUUAUAUCGAAUCUAUUAUACUCGAAUAUUUAAUUAAAUCAAACAAAA